AUGAAUCGACUCAGACUCCUCAGGAAUUUGACAGCACCUAAAUUGUUUACCAGGAUCAGUUGUUUGGCCUUGCCUUAUUUAAUCUACCAUACCUAUCGGAAUAGGCCUAUUCAUUGUUCCAAUGAAAGUAAUUCGUAAUUCCAUAUCACUUUCCAGUCCGACAAAUGAAUUAAUUAAUCUUUGUUCAAAAUGUCCUUGGGAAUCGGAAAGAUUAUUUCUUCUUGGUUAUCUACAAAGACGAACUCGAUGGAGGAUAUGGUGAAAAAGAAGCCAUUGAAGUGGCCAAGAAAUUGUAAUAAAUAGCAGAUAAACUAUAAAUUGAUUGUAUUUCAUUUAUUUAACAUAGGUCAUGUUUACACUGUUUCUAGACCCUCUUUGAAAUCUAUCACUAAAUUAGUCAAUAGUGUUAAAAAUAUCAAGAUAUAUGAGGAGGAUGAAUAUCAGAAAAUUGAUAUUUUUUUUAAAACUCCACAUUCAGAUGAUUAUGUUUACUUUCCUUUUAAAAAACACAACUUUUAUCAAAAAAAUAAUAUAGAUAAAAUUUUGUAAUACCUAUUAAUCACAAUAGAACACGUGUUUCGAGAUUUAUUGAUAUGUACUAAACUGUUACAACAAAGGAAUAGUUCGAAUCAAUUAUCUUAGAAAGCUAUUAUUAAUUAGACUCUCCUGUUUUCAUUAAGUCUAAUAGCCAAGAUCCUAAACUCAAAUUAUUUAAGAAAAUAUCCUUCUAGUUUUUAGAUAAGAAAACAGUUGAUUAAAACUCCAAAUUCCUCAUUAUAGACAAUAAAGAAUUAUGCAAAGAUUUGAAUUUAAAAGACGAUGAUAUUCUGUUGUUUAGAAAUGACAUCUUGCAAAAAUAUUCAAACUGCAUAAUCAAUGAAAGAAAUUAAAUAAUACCCCAAUUGAUAAAUAAAGAACAAAUUGGCAAUUUAAAAUAUGAAUCAUUUAAUGAAUGGAAAUAAUAGAAUUGCAGACUUGAAUCAAAUACAGUCACUGAUAAAAAACAGUUAAAAAGCCAAUUUACUUUUGAACUUUAAUAAUUUAGUUUACCUAGAGUCUUCUAUUUGAAGAAUAGUAGAAAGUGUAAUAUAGCUGCAUUUAUUAGAAAAAUCCAAAAUCAUAAAAACUAAAAUGAUAAAUUAGUGGUCAGUCUACAAUUAGAUCCUAAGCAUCAAAAUAGAUUAGAUGUAUAUUAAAAAUUAAUAUAUUCAUUAGAAUCAUUUCAGGAUAUCAUUAUUCUUCAAACUUUAUGAGAAGUAUAAGGACAAAUUAGAAUUUGUGAUAUCAGCAACAAAUCAAUUAGAAGAAUUGUUGCCUCACCUAAACAAAUUUUAAAGCAGGUUUGUUCUCUUUAAUAUUUUUAAUUCUAUAUCUUAUUCAAGAUAGCUAUUUCCACAAACAGCAAAACUCUAUGAAAAAUACUUCCUAAAAGACAUAUAAUUUGUAGAACGAUUCGAGGUAAUUGACUAACAAUUAAACAAUCUUCUCUAACUAACUUCUGAGGAGAGAAUACAUAAUAUUGAUUACUUGUCUCAGGAUCUUGAUAAGAUUCAGGAGAUCAAUUUGGAUUAUUUUAAUUUCCUAAAUAGCAAUUAAAACGAUAAAAAGCAAAUCAUUUUAUACUAUUAGAAUGAUGCCAUGACAGAUGCAUUACUUACUAUUUUGAAGGACAUAAAAACGAAGUAUGUAUUAUAAUAUAUUCAGUUUAAACAUAUACACGAUAUCUAAUUUAAAUUAGAUUCCAGCACUAUAUUCAAAUUUUCCAAAUUAAAAUGUUUUGAUAAUAAAUGGCACUGCUAUAGGGUUUCCAAAGACUACUGAUACAAAUUUAAAUGAUUUAAAAGCUGAAGUUGAGGAGUUUAUGAAAUAAUAUUUGUGA